CUUCAGCAAUGAAUGCAAUUCACUGCGCAUCGCCGCCACCGGCGCCGUUCUCGCUACCACCGGCGAAGGGUGGUGGGAUCGGAUCACAAGGGAACCGGCUAUUCGUUUUUGGCGUCGGAUUUGUUGGUCGCUAUGUCUCAAAUCGGCUCCUAAAACAAGGAUGGCGAGUCUCUGGAACCUGUACAUGUCCUGUGAGAAAGAGAGAGCUUGAGAUGAUGGGAAUGCAUGAUUCCUUUCUUUUUGAUGCAAAUAAAAACGAGUUGGAAAGCCUUCAUACAUUGAAAGAUGCAACUCAUGUUCUCAUCUCCAUCCCACCACUGUCAGGUUGCCUUGGUGAUCCUUUGUUAACUUUGCAUCACAAAGACUUGCAAAGUACAUUGAACCAUGGAAAUGUUCAAUCUUUAUGUUACCUUUCUUCAACAAUGUAUUUUUGUGGGGCAGGUGUUUAUGGAGAUUGUGGUGGUGCUUGGGUUGAUGAGGAUUCUGCUGUAAAUCCUGCAACAGAAACUGCCAAAGCGAGGUAUGCAGCUGAGAAAGGAUGGCAACAAUUAGGUUGUGAACUUGAUGUGCCAGUUAAUAUAUUUAGAUUAGGAGGAAUAUAUGGUUGUGGAAGAAGUGCGAUAAACACCAUACUGCAACAGAAAUCCCUGUCAAUAGAGCAGAAGAUGAGGGAGAUGAAGCUUUACACGGCACGAGUUCAUGUUGCUGAUAUCUAUCAAGCAUUAUGUGCAAGCUUCAACUUGUCAUCAUCUUCUGGGAGAGUUUACAAUGUUGUGGAUGAUAACCCCGCACCCAGAGAAGUAGUGUUUGAUUUUGCAAGGCAUUUGAUUCAGAAAAGAUGGCCAGAGAAAGCCAUAGCUUUCCGAGCUCAAGAUAAAGCCGAAGAUGCAGAGUUUUCCCAGAAGAGCAGAAAGAUUGAAGGCGAGAAGCGUGUCUCAAAUGCUCGCAUUAAAAAAGAACUCGGUGUUAGGCUUCUGUAUCCUUCCUACAAAUCCGGCCUGGAGAACAUUCUCAAUUCGAUGUAUGACAACCAUUCCCAACUUCAAUAACCCCAUAUACCAGAUUACAAGAAUUCAUGUUAAAUGCAGUGACAAGGUUUCAGCAUCACCACACUAAUGCUUGGUUUAUGUUUCAUUUAUUCAUGAAUGUCCUUAAGUGUAUUCAAAAUAGAUAACACCUUGAAACUA